AUGUUAAAGGCUAUAAAAUAUUUGUUGAUAGCCACAAUAUUUAGAAUGGAAGAAAAUAUAGCUUUCCAGAACUUCUUGGUGAAUGCUCAAAGAAUGUUUAGUAACUUUGUCGAGUAUCAAACACCGCCUGUGCGACGUUACUUAGGCCUUAAAGUCACCCUUAUCACUCCUAUCAUGGCUUCGCAGGAAGAAAAACGUCGUCUUGAAAUUCAGAUACUGAAUGACCACCAUACAGCUAAACAAAAACGAAAAGCCGACAGGGAGUACGAUGAGUCGCAGAAAGUGCACAUCUUUGUUAAUUUCACUGGAUACCGAAGUAAAAUGCCUCGCAGCAAAUUGAACGUCAAAAGACCUCCUGUUAAUUCUACUGCAUUAGAAAAUGCUGUUAAGGCAGUUUUGGAUCCAGAAAAUAUAUCUUUAAGAGAAGCAUGUAAAAUAUUUGGUGUUAAGUUAACAACUUUGUCAAGACAUCUUUCUCGGUUUCGAAAAUCAGAGAGUCAAACUUUCGAAUAUAAACCAAGACUGGAUAACAAAAAAGUAUUCACUGAUUAUGAAGAGAAUUGUUUGCUCCUUUAUAUAAAAAAGGUGGCAAAAAUGAAUUAUGGCUUGACGAAAAAAAGUUUUCCCAUACUAACAGAAAGAAAAUCAUCAACGGACAUUGUAAACUUACUACCUGAAGACGUUGUACCUUACCCAAAAGCAAAACCAAGAAAAGCUACCAAUAAAGGAAGAAAGCGUGGCAAAACCAUGAUUGCAACAGACACUCCGGAAAAAGAACGGAGGCAGAAGAAGAAUCAGCAAAGGAAACAAGUUCAAUAUUCAUCUUCUGAAGAGGAGGACGAUAUAGUUCAUCUUGUAGAAACUGAUGAUGAGGACAGCAAUGACGAGGAGUGCCUUUUUUGCAAUGAAUCGUUUAAAAAUGACAUUCAUGGAGAGCAAUGGAUCCGAUGCAUGUCCUGCUUAGGAUGGGCCCACGAACUCUGUGCUGCAACUAAAGAAGGUCAGAUUGUGUACGAUUUUUUUGUAAUAACGCAGCAAUCGGCAAUCAAAUACAAAACGCAUAAUUGA